UUUAUUUCCCCUUUGUCAAGGUCACACUAGCUACGUUCAACGCUGACAUUUUUGUCAAAAUCGCGGGCGGUGGUAAGUGUAGCGUGACGCCAUUCUCAGGCCGAAACCAGAGUUGCUUGGCGCAGAUUGUUAUUUCACGAAUCGAGCACUAUCAGCCAAAACACCACCAGGACAAGACAGAUGACUGGUGGGAACACAACUCAACUUCCGCCGUACUCGAAGUCGGAUGGGCCUAACGAUGCAGGUUUCCAUGCAGCCAAAGAUGGAGGCAGUAUUGGUUUCUGUGGUUACAUCUUAUACUUGGUGUCCAUCAUCUGUAUCAUUGCGACCAUCCCCUUCUCCUUGUGUCUGUGCACUAAGGUGCUAAAUCAGUACGAGAAGGUGGUUCUUUUCCGACUUGGUCGACUCAGGUCCCGAGAAGACAAGAAACCAGGUGUUUUCUUCAUCAUCCCCUGCAUGGACGACAUGACCAAGGUGGACAUGAGGACCAAGACCUUUGAUGUGCCGCCCCAAGAGGUGUUGACGCGUGACUCGGUGACUGUGGCAGUGGAUGCCGUCAUCUACUACCGUAUCCAGAACGCCAUCAUGUCCGUCACAAAUGUCCGUGACGUUUCCAGCUCCACCAGACUGUUGGCAGCGACCACACUCAGAAAUGUCAUUGGAACCAAAGUCCUCAGCGAGCUUCUGUCGGAGAGAGAAGCUAUCAGUCAUCUCACGCAGGAUAUAUUAGCGGACGCGACGGCUCUAUGGGGUGUCAAGGUGGAGAGGGUAGAAGUCAAAGACGUCAGACUGCCACGCCAGCUCCAGAGAGCAAUGGCUGCUGAGGCAGAAGCUGCACGAGAGGCUCGGGCCAAGGUUAUUGCUGCUGAAGGAGAAUACAAUGCUUCCCGAGCUCUGAAGGAGGCUGCCGAUAUCAUCACAGCAUCCCCUGCAGCUCUGCAGUUGCGUUACUUGCAGUCUCUAAGCAGUAUCGCGGCUGAACAUAAUUCAACUAUCAUAUUCCCUCUGCCCAUGGACAUUCUGCAGCCAUUUCUUCCAAAAUGAUUCCAAAAUGAAGUUUGAAAAUAUCCUACUAGAGAAAGACCGCAGCGAUAUAACAGGAUUUUUUUCUGAGUGCAUCAUUAAACAACAUACAAACAAA